AUGUUUCUACUGCAAGCAACUCUAAUGAUACCUAACGUAUCAGUGACCCCAACACUAGAAGAAAUUCAAGAAAUUCUUGUACUAGCCGGCAAACAUAUAUCAGGAUUGUCCAAAGGUGUUGCCCAAUGGACAGGUGGCAAAACUUCUAGGGUUCAAUCAAUGACGGUGCCAAUGAAUAUGGCACAGAAAUCGAUAAAAAUGGUUGAAGUUGCUAAAAUGAGACGAAAAAAAUACUACCGCUUAGAAUCGGAAGAAAAACCAGUCUUCCCAUUUCAACAAAAAAACUUCUACAAUCACAUUAUGGAGAACAAAGAAAUUGUGAAAACUCUUGCCCUCCUCUCUAUGUGCACACAGAACGUCAAAUCGGAAUUAAAUUUACUUGUGAAACGUUGGCGCCCAUACCAUUACUUAUGGAAGUGCGAAAAAACAUUACGCCAGUUACUUGCUUGGAAUUUAAAUGAUUUCGAACUAGCUCUGAAAAGACACAGUGAACUUGAAGCUAAGUUGGACACUGAACCCGAUGUCCUUAUAAUAGGGAAUUGUCUUGCCAUAUCUACUGAAAAACUAAAACUGGGCCUUAAUACAGAACUAAAAAAUGGUACAUUCAGAAUAAGUCAAGCAAUGCGAAAAAAAUACAAACGGGAAAUGGAUUACGUUUAUGCUAUAAUGAAUGACCUUGAAAGAAAACUUGAAAGACCUAUUCGAGAUCUAGAUGACGUAAGAACUGUUAUGGAAACACUAAAGAAGAUUAGAGAACAAGAAGUAGACAUGGAAUUAAAGAUUGAUCCAGUUGAAGAAGCUUUUAAUGUCAUCACAUGCUAUGAACUUCCUGUAAAUAAGGAAGAUCUAGAGCAAGUGGAUAAUUUACGAUACAGCUGGCAGCAACUGCAAGCUACAGCGUUAGCAUCUCACGUGCAAUUGUUAACGAUGCAACCGCAAUUUGAAGAUGACCUUAAGAAUAAUUUGAAUAGAUUUAGAGAAGACAAUACUGACUAUUGCCACGAGUACCGCCACGCUGGACCAAUGCAACCUGGUUUAAGCCCUAGAGAAGCGUCAGAUAGAUUAAUACUAUUUCAGAAUCGUUUUGAUGGCAUGUGGCGCAAACUACAAACUUAUCAAAAUGGCGAAGAAUUAUUUGGUCUCCCUCACACAGAAUAUCCUGAACUGGCCCAAAUAAGAAAAGAGUUAAACUUACUUCAGAAACUGUAUAAAUUAUACAACGACGUGAUUGACAGAGUUAGUAGCUACUACGAUAUACCAUGGGGGGAAGUGAACAUAGAAGAAAUAAAUAAUGAGUUAAUGGAGUUUCAAAAUAGAUGUAGAAAACUGCCAAAAGGUCUUAAAGAAUGGCCUGCCUUUUACGCUUUGAAAAAAACCAUAGACGACUUUAAUGAUAUGUGCCCUCUGCUAGAACUGAUGGCUAAUAAAGCUAUGAAACCACGCCAUUGGCAACGAAUCAUGGAAGUUACAAAAUAUAUUUUCGAACUAGAUAACGAAGACUUUUGUUUGAAAAAUAUAUUGGAAGCGCCAUUAUUACAGCACAAAGAAGACAUUGAGGACAUUUGUAUAUCGGCCAUGAAAGAGAAAGAUAUUGAAGCAAAACUCCGUCAAGUUACAAACGAAUGGUCCGUUCACGAGUUGACAUUUCAAACUUUCAAUAACCGCGGGGAGCUAUUAUUAAGAGGCGAUACCACAGCUGAAACAAUUGGUCAAUUAGAAGACAGUUUAAUGAUCUUGGGAUCAUUGUUGUCAAACCGAUACAAUGCUCCAUUUCGAAAACAAAUACAACAAUGGUUAUAUGAUCUUCAAAGCACUAAUGAAAUCCUCGAAAGGUGGUUGCUGGUUCAAAAUAUGUGGGUUUAUCUCGAAGCUGUAUUUGUAGGAGGCGACAUAGCUAAACAGCUGCCGAAAGAGGCAAAAAGAUUUUCAAAGAUCGAUAAAUCAUGGCAAAAAAUUAUGCAAAGAGCACAUGAAACCCCGGGUGUAGUCUCAUGUUGCGUAGGCGACGACCUCCUUCGUCAACUAUUACCACAUCUCCAAGAACAACUCGAACUCUGCCAAAAAAGUUUAAGUGGCUAUUUGGAAAGGAAGAGGACUAUGUUUCCAAGAUUUUUCUUCGUUUCAGACCCAGCUCUUCUAGAAAUUCUCGGUCAAGCUUCUGACUCUCACACAAUACAAAAUCAUCUAUUGUCCAUUUUUGAUAACAUCAGAUACGUCAAAUUCCACGAUAUAGAAUAUAACAAAAUGGUAGCAAUCAUAUCUUCGGAAGGAGAAGAAAUUAAACUGGAGCGUCCGGUCCGUGCCGAAGGUUCAGUAGAGACAUGGCUUACAUCUCUUUUACAAUCUGCCCAAAGCAGUCUGCAUUCCAUCAUACGAAACGGUGUUUCUUUAAUCAACGAUCCAAGUUUUAAUCUUCUAUUAUUUCUUGAUAAAAUGCCUGCCCAGGUAAAGAUAAUCGUUAUAAAUUACUUUUAUGGGUUUCGAGGUAACACUUAUUCUCUAUAUUCUCAAUUCCAGGUUGGACUACUGGGCAUUCAAAUAAUUUGGACCCGUGAUUCCGAACUCGCAUUAAUGCAAGCUCGGCAAGAUAAAAAGAUAAUGAUUGAAACAAACAAUAAAUUUUUAGAACUUUUAAAUACAUUGAUCGAUCAAACUACAAGAGACUUGAUGAAAAUAGAACGAACUAAAUUCGAAACACUUAUUACUAUACAUGUUCAUCAAAGAGACAUUUUUGAUAUGCUAUGCCGACUUAAUGUCCGUUCAGCAAUUGACUUUGAAUGGUUGAAGCAAUGCCGAUUUUACUUCAAAGAAGACGCAGAUAAGACCUGGAUAUCAGUCACGGACGUUACUUUUACAUACCAAAAUGAAUAUUUAGGAUGUACUGAAAGACUUGUUAUUACACCUCUAACCGACAGGUGCUAUAUAACCUUAGCACAAGCUCUCGCUAUGAGUAUGGGUGGGGCACCUUGUGGACCAGCGGGAACCGGUAAAACCGAAACUGUCAAAGACAUGGGAAAGACUCUAGCAAAGUAUGUCGUUGUAUUCAACUGUUCUGAUCAAAUGGACUACAGAGGUCUUGGUCGUAUUUAUAAAGGUUUGGCACAGUCCGGUUCAUGGGGAUGUUUCGACGAAUUCAAUAGAAUCGAGUUACCCGUCUUGUCAGUGGCGGCUCAGCAGGUCGCUGUUGUACUCGCCGCUAAGAAAGAAAAGAAAAAAACUUUUCUUUUUACUGACGGGGACAUGUCUGAAAUGUGUCCGGAAUUUGGCAUAUUUAUUACAAUGAAUCCUGGCUAUGCUGGCCGCAAAGAAUUGCCAGAAAACUUAAAAAUACAAUUCCGCACAGUUGCUAUGAUGGUACCCGAUCGGCAAAUCAUUAUAAGAGUAAAACUAGCAUCCUGCGGCUUUUUAGAGAAUAUUACACUCGCUAGAAAAUUUUAUACCUUAUACAAAUUAUGCGAAGAACAACUGACGAAACAGGUCCACUACGAUUUUGGCUUAAGAAAUAUUCUAUCAGUUUUAAGGACUCUCGGGGCAGUGAAAAGGGUAAAUGCAAAAGAUAAUGAAAGUACCAUUGUAAUGAGAGUCUUAAGAGAUAUGAAUCUAUCAAAACUUAUAGACGAAGAUGAACCCUUGUUUAUUUCACUAGUGGCUGAUUUAUUUCCAAACCAAUCCUUAGAAAAGACAGCUUACAGCAAUCUUGAGGAUUCAAUUAGAAAACACGUCGAACAAAGUGGUUUAAUUUUCCAUCCACCAUGGAUUCUUAAAAUAAUCCAGCUUUAUGAAACUCAGCGAGUUCGUCAUGGAAUAAUGACUCUUGGACCGCCCGGUGCUGGCAAGACAACUUGUAUUCAUACAUUAAUGGAUGCACUUUCAGAAAUUGAAGAGCCCCACAGAGAGAUGCGAAUGAACCCAAAAGCCAUAACAGCAGCACAAAUGUUUGGACGCCUAGAUGUAGCCACUAAUGAUUGGACAGAUGGCAUAUUUUCUGCAUUGUGGAGAAAAACAUUAAAACUAAAGACUGGUGAACACAUUUGGCUAGUCUUAGAUGGGCCUGUUGAUAGUAUUUGGAUAGAAAACCUAAAUUCAGUUUUGGAUGACAAUAAAACCCUCACUCUUGCUAAUGGCGACCGUCUUACCAUGUCGCCAACCUCUAAAAUUAUUUUUGAACCAGAAAAUAUUGAUAAUGCAUCUCCAGCUACAGUUUCACGAAAUGGAAUGGUAUACAUGAGCUCUUCUGGCUUAGAUUGGGACCCAGUCCUCCACGCAUGGCUUAAAACUAGGUCUACGCGAGAAAUAGAAGUAUUUAGCACUUUGUUUGAACAAACAUUUCUUACUACAUAUACCUGGUGUACGCAAAAUUUGAAUUUUAGUAUGCGGGUACUACAAAGCAAUAUAGUAUUUCAAAUGCUUAAUUUGUUGGAGGGCCUUGUGCCACCCCAAAUUGUAGAAGUUGAAGACACCUCUGCUAAUAAAUCAAUAAAUGGUGAUAUAGACGAUGACGAUGACAAGGAAAAGGCAGAAGAAAUAGUGUUAUUCACACACGAACAUUUACAUAAAAUUUAUGUAUUUUCAUUAGUUUGGGGAUUCAGUUCGUUGUUGGAAACACAAGAUAGACUUAGAUUCGAUAAAUAUAUUAAGUCAACAUUUAGUGAAUUACUAGAUCUGCCAACGCAUCCUAAUAACAAACCUAGUAUUUUAUUUGACUUUUAUGUUAAACACCCAGGAAAGUGGGAGCUCUGGGAUGAUUUAAUGACAAAUUAUAUGUACCCUGAUACAGCCACACCGGAUUACUCCAAUAUUCUUGUACCAAUAGUUGAUAAUGUAAGAAUUAAUUAUUUAAUUCAUUGCAUAGCUAAACAAGGAAAAGCUGUAUUGCUUCUAGGUGAACAAGGAUCUGCAAAAACGGUUAUGAUGAAAGCUUAUAUGAAGAAUGCUAAUCCCGAGCAAUUUAUGGGUCGAUCAUUUAACUUUUCAUCUGCGACUAGUCCUUAUCAAUUCCAAAAAACUAUAGAAAGCUAUGUUGAAAAACGUAGUGGUAUGACUUUUGGUCCACCCGGUGGAAAGACGAUGCUUGUAUUUAUUGAUGAUAUAAAUUUACCCCAAAUAAACGAAUGGGGAGAUCAAAUAACAAAUGAGAUCGUACGACAAACUAUGAGUAUGGGUGGUUUUUAUAGUUUAGAGAAACCGGGAGAUUUUACAACUAUUGUUGAUAUACAGUUUCUGGGAGCUAUGGGACAACCAGGUGGAGGCAGAAAUGAUAUUCCAGCUAGACUCAAGCGGCAGUUUUCCAUAUUUAAUUGUCCAUUACCUAACAACGAUUCUAUAGACAAAAUAUUUAAAGUUAUCGGUGAAGGGCACUACAAUGCCAAGAGAGGUUUUACUGUUGAAGUACGAUCUCUAAUUAAAAGAAUAAUACCCCUAACAAGAGAACUUUGGACACAAACUCGAGUUAAUUUAUUGCCAACCCCGGCUAAAUUUCAUUACGUAUUUUCUUUAAGAGAUUUAUCAAGAGUAUGGCAAGGGAUGAUAGGUACUUUACCGACCGUAAUCGAAUCGGAGAAAUGUCUUAUGCUUUUGUGGAAACAUGAAUGUUCAAGAGUGUUUUCUGAUCGUUUUACACAUCAAUCUGAUAAAGAUUGGUUUAACAAGGCUCUUUUUGAUAGUGCUGAAGUACUUUUAGGACCCGAAUAUAAGAAAAUGAUGGAAAAGGAUCCGGUUUUUGUGGAUUUUAUGAGAGAUGCACCAGAACCUACAGGUGAAGAAGGUGAAGAUGCUGAUAUGGAACUACCAAAAGUAUAUGAACCUGUUUUUGACUACUCUGAAUUACGAGAUAGAUUAGAAAUGUUCUUAUCGCAAUUUAACGAAAUGGUCCGUGGUUCCGGCAUGGACCUAGUAUUUUUCCCUGAUGCUAUGUUGCACCUUGUGAAAAUAUCUAGAGUUAUUCGUCAUCCAAGAGGAAAUGUUAUGCUAGUAGGCGUAGGAGGAUCUGGCAAACAAUCGUUAACUAAACUGUCAACAUUUAUCGCCGGAUAUCGCUCUUUUCAAAUAGCUUUGACCAGAUCUUAUAACGUCGGAAACUUUUUAGAAGACCUAAAGCUCCUUUAUAGAUCGUGUGGUGUACAAGGAAAGGGUACUACAUUCAUAUUUACUGAUUUGGAUAUUAAAGAAGAAGGGUUUUUAGAAUAUCUUAAUAACAUAUUGUCAUCUGGAGUCAUAUCAAAUUUAUUUACAAAAGAUGAGCAACAGGAAAUAAUUUCCGAAUUGACGCCUAUAAUGAAACGCGAAAACCAAAAACGAACAUUGACAAAUGAACUGGUUAUGGAAUAUUUUCUAAACAGAACAUGUCAAAAUCUUCAUGUGGUUUUAUGUUUUUCUCCCGUAAGUGAAGCUUUCAGAUAUCGAGCAUUACGAUUUCCGGCCCUUAUAUCGGGGUGCACGAUUGAUUGGUUCCAGCCAUGGCCUAAGGAUGCACUUGUUUCUGUCGCUGACCAUUUCCUCACAGAUUUUGAAAUAGAAUGUACAAAAGAAGUAAAAAAAGAAUUAGUAACAGUCUUAGGGACUAUACAAGACGUGGUUUCGCAAGUUUCAACAGAAUAUUUUCAAAGAUUCCGUCGUUCAUCUCAUGUUACUCCUAAAUCGUAUCUUAGUUUUAUAGGUGGCUAUAAAACCAUAUAUCAAAUGAAACAAAAAGAGUUAGGUGAUGGUGCUUUAAGAAUGGAUACAGGUCUCGAAAAGUUACGUGAGGCAUCGAUAUCUGUGGAAGUAUUGAAGAAGGAUUUGGCAGUUAUGGAGCAAGAUUUAGCUUUAGCUUCUGAAAAAGCAGAUCGUGUACUUUCUGAAGUUACUGAGAGAGCGAUGCAAGCCGAAAUUGUCAAAAAUCAAGUACAAAUUGUUAAAGAAAAAGCUGAAGCUUUGGUAGCAUAUAUAGCAGAAGAAAAAGAAAAAGCUGAAAGGAAGUUAGAAGCAGCGAAACCUGCAUUAGAAGAAGCGGAAGCGGCCUUAAACACUAUUAAACCAGCCCAUAUAGCAACUGUGAGAAAGUUAGGUAGACCACCGCAUUUAAUUAUGCGUAUUAUGGAUUGUGUAUUGAUUCUUUUCCAACGCAGAUUGCAUCCUCUUAUACCUGAUACAGCUGCUCCGUGCCCUAAGCCGUCUUGGGCUGAAUCUCUAAAAAUGAUGGCAAGCACUACGUUUUUACUUCAACUACAAAAUUACCCAAAAGAUAUAAUUAAUAACGAAAUGGUUGAACAUCUACAACCCUAUUUUGAAAUGGAAGAUUAUAAUAUGGACACAGCUAAACGCGUGUGCGGAGAUGUAGCAGGAUUAUUAUCAUGGACUAAGGCUAUGGCCUUUUUUCAUAGCGUAAAUAAAGAAGUUUUACCUUUAAAAGCCAGUUUGAUGUUGCAAGAAGCGAGAUUGAAGGUUGCUAUGGAGGACUUAGCAUCUGCAGAAAGGCAACUUGAAGAACGUGAAAUGUCCUUAAGAAAAGUUAAGGAACAAUACGAAGCAGCAGUUUCGGAAAAACAGCAAUUAACAGAUGCUGCAAAUGUUUGUUUAAGAAAAAUGACUGCAGCAACUCAAUUAAUUAAUGGUUUGGGGGGUGAAAAAAUAAGAUGGACUCAACAAAGUAAGGAUUUCAAAGAACAACUCGGUAGAUUAGUAGGAGAUGUUGUAUUAGCCACAGGAUUUCUCUCUUACUGCGGCCCUUAUAAUCAAGAAUUCAGAAAUAGUCUGUUCAAUACAUGGAUGGAAAUAUUAAAAAGAAAGCAGAUACCUGUGACUGGCAAUUUAAAUAUAACAAAUAUGUUAGUUGAAAGUGCUACAAUAUCAGAGUGGACUCUUCAAGGUUUACCGAAUGAUGAAUUAUCAGUUCAAAAUGCGCUAAUUGUUACUAAGUCUAGCUCAUAUCCACUUUUAGUAGAUCCUCAAAGCCAAGGAAAGAAUUGGAUAAAAAAUAAAGAAUCCACAAAUGAACUACAAAUAACAUCACUAAACCAUAAAUAUUUUAGAACUCAUUUAGAAGAUAGCUUAUCUUUGGGAAGACCACUGCUCAUAGAAGAUGUGGGCAUAGAAUUAGAUCCUGUUAUAGACAAUGUUUUGGAAAAGAACUUUAUAAAAUCAGGAUCAAUUGAAAAAGUAAUUGUAGGUGAUAAGGAAUGUGAUGUAAUGCCUGGAUUUAUGCUUUACAUUACAACAAAACUACCGAACCCUGCUUACUCUCCUGAAAUUAGUGCAAAGACCUCAAUUAUUGACUUUACAGUAACAAUGCAAGGACUUGAAGACCAAUUAUUGGGUAGAGUGAUAUUAAUGGAAAAGUCAGAUUUAGAAGAAGAACGAGUGGCUUUAUUUGAAUCUGUUAUGAAAAAUCAGAGAAGCAUGAAAGAAUUGGAAAGCAAUUUACUUUGUCGUUUAACCUCUUCAGAGGGUUCACUAGUAGACGAUGAAGCUUUAAUUCAGGUUCUACAAAUAACCAAAUCAACGGCCGAAGAAGUUAAUGAAAAACUUAAGGUAGCAGAAGUAACAGAAAAGAAAAUAAUUAAAGCGAGGGAAGAAUUUAGAGCUGUAGCAGCCAGAGGCUCUAUAUUAUAUUUUUUAAUAGUUGAAAUGAGCAAUGUCAACCUUAUGUAUCAGAAUUCAUUAAAACAAUUUCUUAAUAUUUUCGACAAUUCUAUAACAAAAUCUGGAAAAAGUAAUGUUACAGAGGAACGUAUUAACAUAAUUUUAAAAUAUUUAACUCACGAAGUUUGGGCAUUUACGCUGCGCAGCUUAUAUGAAAGACAUAAAUCGCUUUUUACUCUAAUGUUGGCAAUGAAAAUUGAUUGUCAAAGGGAACUUAUUUCUCAUGACGAAUUCAUGGCAUUUGUAAAGGGUGGUGCAUCUCUGGAUCUAAAUGCAGUAGCUCCAAAACCUUUCAAAUGGAUUCUAGAUAUAACUUGGCUGAAUUUGGUGGAAAUCAGCAAAUUAGAUGUAUUUUCAGACGUAUUAAGCAAGAUAUCUAGUAACGAAAAAGAGUGGCGCAUAUGGUAUGAAAAAGCAAAGCCGGAAGAAGAAAUAAUACCUAGCGGUUUUCAUGAAAGUCUUGAUGUAUUUCGAAAACUUUUACUUAUUCGAUCAUGGAGUCCGGACCGAACACUCUCACAAGCAAGAAAGUAUAUAGUUGACUCUCUUGGACCGGAAUAUGGCGAAGGUCGAAUUCUAAAUUUGGAAAAAACCUGGGAAGAGUCUGAACCACGUACUCCGCUCAUAUGUAUACUUUCAAUAGGAUCUGAUCCAUCUACACAAAUAUCCUCACUAGCUAAAUCUAAAGAUAUUGUAAUUAAGGCUGUAUCAAUGGGGCAAGGUCAAGAAAUUGUAGCACGGAAGAUGAUAUCAGAUUCUAUGAAUGAAGGAGGGUGGGUAUUACUACAAAACAUACAUUUGUCCUUGCCGUUUUGUGUUGAAGCUAUGGAUGCUCUCAUAGAAACUGAACACAUACAAGAUUCUUUUCGCCUCUGGCUAACUACAGAAGUGCAUGCUGACUUUCCUAUAGGACUUUUACAAAUGGCAAUAAAAUUUACCAAUGAACCACCGCAAGGAAUACGCGCUAGCAUGAAAAGAACGUAUCAAAACAUCAGCCAAGAUACUUUAGAUUAUUCAUCAUUAUCACAAUGGCCUCCACUAUUAUAUGCAGUGGCAUUCUUACACACUAUUGUGCAAGAGCGAAGAAAGUUUGGACCACUGGGAUGGAAUAUUCCAUAUGAAUUUAAUCAAGCAGAUUAUGCGGCCAGUGUACAGUUCAUACAGAAUCAUCUCGAUGAAAUAGACCCCAAGAAGGGAAUAUCCUGGCCAACAAUCUGUUAUAUGCUUGGGGAGGUGCAGUACGGUGGGCGGGUCACGGAUGACUUCGAUAAACGUUUGUUGACCACCUUUACAAAUGUUUGGUUUUGUGACGUCCUUUUGCGACCUGGUUUUGAAUUUUACAAGGGGUACAAAGUACCACAAACAAGAAAUCUGCAAGGUUAUGUAGAUUAUAUUAACCAAUUACCUCUAACAGACACCCCAGAAGUUUUUGGUUUGCAUGGUAACGCUGACAUUACGUAUCAAAUUAAUAGUGCUAAAGAUAUUUUGGACACGAUAUUAAGUGUCCAACCGAAAGAAGGGGGUUCUCAAGGCGGUGAAACCAGAGAAAGCAUAGUUUAUCGUUUGGCUGAGGAUAUGUUGGAGAAAUUACCUAAACAAUAUGUUGGGUUUGAAGUUAAGGAGGCGCUUGCUAAAAUGGGGGCAUUUUUACCUAUGAAUAUAUUUGUAAGACAAGAAAUCGAUCGUAUUCAAAAAGUUAUAAAAACCGUUUACACAACGCUUUGUGAUCUAAAGCUUGCCAUAGAUGGAACAAUUGUCAUGAGUCAAGGCUUGCGAGAGUCCUUGGAUGCAAUGUAUGAUGCCCGCAUACCUGCGCAAUGGUUAAAGGUAUCAUGGGAGUCGGCGACACUUGGAUUUUGGUACACCGAACUAUUGGAACGAGAACAGCAAUAUCGUGUCUGGCUUAAAAAUGGAAGACCGAACGCCUUUUGGAUGACCGGUUUCUUUAACCCACAAGGAUUUCUCACUGCAAUGAGACAGGAGGUAACCCGCAGUCACAAGGGUUGGGCUCUAGAUUCUGUUGUUCUUCAAAACCACAUAACGAAAUUAAAUAGAGAAGACGUUCAUGAUGGACCAGCAGAAGGUGUUUACGUCUACGGUUUGUUUCUAGAAGGGGCGUCUCUCGAUAGAAAAACCGGUAAAUUAAUUGAAUCUAAACCGAAAGUACUAUACGAGCAAAUGCCAGUAAUCUACAUUUUUGCCAUCAAUACGACAGCCGGAAAGGAUCCAAGACUUUAUGAAUGCCCAAUUUACAGAAAACCUCAAAGGACGGACGCUAAAUAUGUUGGGUCAAUCGACUUCGAAACUGAUAGUAAUCCACGGCAUUGGACGUUAAGGGGUGUAGCAUUGUUGUGUGAUAUAAAAUAAUUUAAUUUCAACUUUUGGCGGAUUAGCACCAAUAAAGCAAUAUUUCUUAUAUGUGAUCAUUAUUAUAUC